AACACAUCUCUCUCCCAUCUCUUCUUUGUGGAAACACCACCAAUCUUCCUCUUCUUCUCUCAUAUUUUUAUGUUUCUUCAGCUUUUUAAGUUUUAAGGUUGAUCUGAUCAAACCCCUUAAUUCUCUCGACCAAGAUCAUGCUUAGCAAAAGAACCCAUCCCAUAAUCGGAAAAAUAUCGGAGCUUCUCGUCGGCGUGAACCGAUCUGCGGCCGCGGCGACUCCGUUCUUUGACGUCUUGAUGACAAGCCCUAAAAGCCCACUUGACUUCAAGAUUCUCCCUCAGAUAUCUCAAAGAAACAGCUCAAAGAGAUUUUACGAUGACAACCUCGGUGGCUCCGUUGGUCUAGGGAUUGUAGCCGCACUCGAGAACUCAACCACUCGUUUAAUAACUAGCGUUUCUAGAUCGGAACCGAACCAAUCCAACCGGUCUGAUCCGGUCCAGUUCAUGAGCCAUGAAGGAAGCACGGACGAAGAAGAAGAAGACGAGGAGAUGUUCAUAAUGGACGAGGAGGAGUAUACGUUGGUAACGUGUCACCAUGGUCCAAGUGGACCUUGUAGUACAAGGGUUUUUGACAGAGAUGGGUUUGAGUGUUUGGCAAGUCAGAUCAACGAGGAUCGUCGUGAGAGACUUUUCAUAGUCGAUGUCGGUACGGAAUCUCCUGAGAACUCGCCGGAGUUUAAGGGUUUGGGUUUCCUCAGUUCUUGUUACUUGUGCAGGAAGAAACUUCACGGUCGCGACAUAUUUAUUUAUAGAGGAGAAAAAGCCUUUUGCAGCUCAGAGUGUCGAUCGAGUCAUAUAGCAAGUGUUGAAAGGAAAGAGAGAUGUAGAUCGAAGUUCUCAACCUCUCCUUACACCGCCGGCCAAAUUUUCUCCUCCGGAGUUCUAGUGACUUAGCCGGAGUUCUACUCAGUAUACAUAUAUAUGGGGGAUCAGGGGUAAAUAAAAUAAGUACGCAUACAACAUAUGCGGAUGAAAUAAAUUAGCAUAUAUAGUAAUAUGACAGGUAUGUCUAUAUAAAUGAUAUAAGUUAAUAUAUGAUAUAUGGUGGAAAUGUAACAACAUGAAAAUUUUUGUGAGGAGGGAGGGGGGAGAGAGGGGGUUAAUGAUAGUAGAGAGAGCUACUUCUUGAUCGUUGAACAUGGCGAGAAAUGGAAUAAUGCUCUUUGUUUUGGUCAUUGUUUUUGUAUUCUAUGGUAUUUAACUUAUUUAAAUAAUUUUGAAGUUCAAACUGGUUUCUUCCUUA